AUGCGAUGGGUCAUGCGAUUCGGGGAGCUUGAGCAUUCCCAGACACUUUCUACUGGCAUCGUCUGUGGGCACCAACUAAAUCCGACUUGCCCAGAUUCCGAUUUUUCCUUCUCCCACUCAUUCUUCCUUAUCAACAGACCGGCGACCAGCUCGCAAACCCAUUCUUUAGGUACAGUUGAUGAAUUGUAUGAUCUUGAUCGUUCCCACAUUGCCUGGAGUUCCAUUCACAUUCAGAGCCUCGAACAAGUCGACCAGGUCGACGAGGGUACAGCUCCUUCUUUUAUCGCACUCUUUCCUUCAAUCUCCACUUGCAUAGCUGCCUUUGUGGAGCAAACCGUUAACAAAUCGACUUCUCAAAGCUUUUCACCACCAUGGCAACGAACAUGA